AAGGAAAAAGGACAGCCUCCUAGGCUUAGACCCCCUCCUCGCUCUCUCUCUCGCUAACCCUUCCUCGCCGCCGCCGCCGCCGCCGCCGCUAUCCCACCGGCGGAGUCACCGCCCGUCCUCCUCUGGAGCCGCGGGACGCAGGUUCUCACCGCGCGCAUCGCCGUCGCUUCGUCCGCCCCCUCCCCACCACACAGGUUUAUCUCGAAGGGAGGCGGGUGGUCGCGGAUUUUUUUUUUAUUUGGGGGGGGUCGGCCAAACCCUAGGCGGGCGGGGCGUCCGCCAUGUUUCCGCCGAAAGGGUCCAAUCCCUAUGGGCAGCAGCAAAGUUACGGAGGGCAGCAAUCCUAUGGCCAAAUCCCUGGCAGCAGUGGAUUUUCGUCCUCGGCAGCAACGGGUGGUGCUGAUGGUAGUCGAUUUGGCGCCCGUGUCGGGCAGGGUGCAGCUGGGCAGUAUGGAGGGCCUUACGCUUCAGUGUACGGCACACAGCAGGUUGGUGGACUUGGUGGCAAAGGUCCGGCUUCUUCUAGUAUUCCUAAUUUGCCUGAGCCAUCCAAGUUCUCGUCUGGAUCUGUAGGGUCCAGCAUAGCAAGACCAAAUGAUGACUAUAUGGCUGUGCGUGGUUAUGGACAAAAGCUAGACCAGUAUGGUAGUGAUUAUACAUUAGAGAGAAGAAUGUAUGGUGAUCACUCAGCUAAUCUUGGCAGGAGAGAUGGGCUUACUGAUUUGGAUAGAAGAUAUCCCGAGCAUGUUUCUGGAGGCCAUCAGGGUUCAUCAAUGCGCCAUCCACAGCUGCUGAAACCCCAACUGCAGUCUGGAUCUGAUAUAAGACAAGCCGAUUACUUUGCAGGAAGGUCUGCUCCAAUCCAUCAAGGAUCGCAGGAUAUUGGUGCAUAUGGAAGAGUUGAAGCUGAUCAUCGCAACUUGUCCAUUCUUGGGACCGCCCCAUAUGGAGGACAACAGUCAGCUUCGUUGUUGGGAGGAGCUCCUAGGACAAACAUUGAUAGCCUCUCCUAUGGGCAAGGGUCAUCAAGCAGCGGUUAUGGGAUGGGUCUGCCCCCUGGACGGGACUAUGCCUCAGGGAAAGGUCUUCUCCAUCCUUCUUCGGAUUCUGAUUACCGAGAUAGCAUUUUAUCCCGUGUACAUCCAGGCAUCUCCAUGGUUGAUGAACGUGCUGUUGAUCGGGUUGGUUAUCGUCGUGAACUGGAUCUAAGAGAUGAAGAACGUCGAAGGGACCUAUUACUGGAAAGAGAAAAGGAACGUGACCGUGAACGGGAACGAGAGCUGCGAGACCUACGAGAUCGUGAAAGAGAGCGUGAAAGGGAAAGGGACCGUGAAAGACUAAGAGAACGUGAAAGAGAAAGGGAACUUGAACGUGAAAGAGAACGUCUUCGUGAACGUCGCAUGAAGGAGAGGGAACGGGAUAGGAAGCACCCUGCUGAUUCAAGGAGGGAGCACACUCCACCUAGAACUCCUGGUGAUCGGCGGCGUUCUUCUUCUGUUAGAGCUGAGAAGCCUUUGCGGCGACCUUCACCUCGGCGUGAUGCUGUGCAUAGGCAUCGUUCACCUGUUAAAGAAAUAAAGAGAGAAUAUAUUUGCAAGGUUUUGCCAUUUCGCUUGGUGGAUAAUGAGAGGGACUAUUUAUCUUUGACAAAAAGAUAUCCUAGGCUAUCAAUUGCUCCAGAUUUUUCUAAGAUUGUCUUCAAUUGGACUAAAGAAAGCCUAAAUCUUUCGCUGCACACACCUGUGAGUUUGGAGCAUGGCAUCCAUGAAGUUGAUGAUAGUACUGAUGAAGGAUCAGUGAUUACCUCUGGGAAAACAUCAAGCACCAAGAUUUCCGAAAUCAUUUGGAAUGCAAAGGUGCUUUUGAUGAGCGGCAUGAGCAACAGUGCCUUUGCUGACAUAACGUCAUUGAGAAGUACAGAUGAACGAGUGGUGCAUCUGAACAAUAUCUUGAAAUUUGCUGUAUUCAAGAGGGAUCGUUCACUUUUUGCAAUUGGGGGCCCUUGGAAUGCAGCAAUAGACGGUGGAGACCCUGUAGUUGACCCUUCUUGCUUGAUUCAGACUGCUAUCAGACAUGUUAAGGAACUGGUUCAAGUUGAUCUCUCUAAUUGUACCCAGUGGAACCGUUUUCUUGAGAUCCAUUACAACAGGGUUGGCAAAGAUGGACUCUUCAGUCACAAAGAAAUCACUGUAGUUUUUGUGCCAAACCUGUCAGAAUGCUUACCUUCAGUGGAUUUAUGGAAGAAAAAUUGGACUGCAUAUAGGAAAUCAAGGACAGAAAAGGAGCAGCUGAUUAUGAAGAAGGAGAAGAGCCCAACUGAUGCAAGCAAACAGAAGCAAGGAGAACUAGGCCAGGGUAAAAGUACUGAUGUUGAUCAAAAGGAGGAUGCUGGCCACAAUGCUGCUGAAAAUAUGAAAGUUGAUAAUGAUAUGGAUCUGCUGGGUAAAGAUGGAAAGGAGAAACCUGCCGAGCAUGAUGGACAAAAUCUUGGUAAAGUUGAGGAAAAAAAUAUUGAUAAAGUCGAGGAACACAUUGAGAAGAAGGGUGGGGGUGUUGAAGGGAACACUUCAGGUGAAGCUUCUGUUGACCAUGCAACUGAGGAUAAAAAGCCCACGAAAAAGAAAGUGAUAAAAAAGGUUGUGAAAGUAGUUCGAAAAAAACCAACUGGUGAAACUUCAGCUGGUAAAUCAUCUCAGGAGGACAAGAACAUUGUACCAGAAACUGCAAGUGUAGCUGUGGAAGAGCAAGUCCAGCAAAAAAGUGAGGAUGCUGGAAAAGAGGCUGAGGGCAAGAAACCUGGAAAGAAGAAAGUAAUUAGAAGGAUUAUUAAGAAAAAGCCUUCUGGGUCAGCUCGUGAUUCGACUGCCCCUGCUGAAACAAGUAAGCAAGCAGUGGAGGUUCAGCCAGAGAAGAAUAAUGAAGUCUUGAGUGGUGCUGUGAUUUCAGAGGCUAAACUUGAAGAAGCUUCAAAAGCUCCAGCUGAAGAUGUCUCAAAACAGAAUAAAGAACAGGAACAGGAGGAAAAGGGGCAGUCGUUGCCUGUUGACCAGAAGUCCAAUGGGGAUAAGAUUAAGCAGCAGGAAGUUCUAAAACAAAAGGAUAUAAAGCAAGAUGGGAAAAAUGAUAAGGCAAAGGAUGAUAAAGAGAAAAAGAGUAGAGAUCAGAAGACGGAUUCAAAGCAAAAGUCACUCACUGAUACUAAAGAAAAAAAGAAAUCUGAUGAGCCUCCCAAACAUCCAGGAUUCAUUCUUCAGGCCAAAAGGAGUAAAGACUCUAAAGUCCGAUCAACAUCCCUUUCAUUGGAUGGCCUCCUUGACUAUACGGCCAACGAUCUGGAGGAGUCAGUAUUUGAGCUUUCUUUGUUUGCCGAGUCUUUCAGUGAAAUGCUUCAACACAAGAUGGGUUGUGUUAUAUUAUCUUUUCUUGAGAAAUUAUAUAAGCGCUAUGUUAUCAAGAGGAAUCAGCGUAAACGCCAAAGAGAAGAGGAUCUAAAGAAGGAAGACAAGAAAACAUCAGAGAAGCGGCCCAAGACAAAUGAUGAAACUUUAAGUGAAAGUGGCCCGAGUAAUCAAGGGGAAAGUGUUGAAAUGAUAAAAGCGGGUAAGGGUACAGCUCAUUCAGCUGGCCAACCCAAUAAAGAUGAUGAGACAAAGAUGAAUGCGGGUCACUCAGCAGCUGCCCAGGAUGAACUGGUUAAAGAGGGCAAGGAGAAGAUGAGUGCAGAUCACUCGACAGCGCCCCCUAAAGAACUUAUAAAAGAGGGUGAGGAAAACAUGAACACGGAUAAUUCAGCAGCUGUCCAUGUUGAGCCUGUAGCUGAUGAGAAAAUGGAGGAUGAAGAGCCUGAUUAUGAAGAAGAUCCUGAAGAGGUAGAAUUAUAUGAAGAUGAUGAGGAGAUGGAUGAAGCUGCUGCUGAGGAACUGGUAGAACAGAAUGAAGAUAAUUUGAAUGAUAAGGCCAAGCAGGAAGUAACUACUGAAGAGGAUGGAAACAAGAACACAGAGGAGCGUGAGUCAGAAAACAAUGCUAAUAUGCUUGAAAAAGCUGCUUCAGGAGAGGACAAACAGUCUGUAGUUGAAAAAUCUGCUUCAGUGGAGGGCAAACAAUCUGUAUCGGAGAAAGGUGACAAGGCAGUUGGUAAGGAGGUAAAGACAACUAGAUCACAAAAAGGUGAUUCAACAAAAGAUGAGGUCGUUGAUAAAGAGCUGCUGCAGGCUUUUAGAUACUUCGACCAAAACAGAGCCGGUUAUUUGAAGGUGGAUGAUUUAAGGUGCAUUCUUCAUAAUUUGGGGAAGUUCUUAUCUAACAGGGAUGUGAAGGAUUUGGUUCAAAUCGCCCUUGUUGAGAGCAAUUCUGCAAGGGAUAAUCGCAUCAUCUAUACAAAGCUUGCGAAGAAAGUUGACCUCUGAUCAGGUCCGACCUUGGCUAAGGAGUAUGUUGAGAUGGGCCGCAAAUUAAACGAAUAACCUUCUUUGAAGAGGCCAGCUACGGCGAUGUCGAUUUGAGUUACUUUACGAUGUGUUCUCCUUACCAUGACAAGGAGUAGCUAGAUUUCAUGUUUUUUUUUCUUUUAUGGAUGUCUUCACCAUAAACAUGGCAAACAAAGCUGUCGUUUUGUAUCAUUGUAUGUGUACUUGGAAAAUUUUCUUUUGAUAUAAGCAUUCACCCAAGAAAGAAUGUUGUACACUUAUUAUAUAUAAGAUGUAUGCUUGCGGGUGCCAUGACCUUGUAUUAUCUUUA